AUGUCGAAUGUAGUUGUUAUUCAUAAUGAGUGUAAGAGAGGGUAUGGUUGGAGGCUUAAGGCUAGGAAGAGCUCCUAUUCACCAUCAUGGGAGAUUAUUACGUAUAAAGGGAAGAGCUCCUAUUUACAUGUUACCCAUGUUCUCACUGGUCAAUUGUUGAGGAGUGUGGGACGUGGUUCAUUUGCGCCACCAAUUCUUCCACCCCCACAUGUGCCAUAUGGAUCACAGUGGUCCUUUGAAAGACGAACAAGGACCCACACAGGAUCGGGCGUGGGGUUCUACCGCGAUCAACUCGAUCUACUACGAGCGGACCAUUUUCGAUGGGACCCUUACGCUGCUGAGGCAUACGCUGCGGUGCCUCAGCACUCGGGCAUAUUGUCAGGGGCGUGGAGAGCAUCUGUACCUCUAAUCUGCUUCGACAUAGUCGAAGUGCAUCUCCCGGAGCGUGUACUCCGCCAAUUUGGGAUGGUACAGGGCAUCCCGUCGCCAUGUGACAUAGAGGCGGAGGUCCAUAACUCGCGCAAGGGUCGUUGGGAGCACAGGCUAGAGCUGCUGGCCCAAGGUGCGCCGAUCGAGGCUGUAGGCGGCGCUACUUCGGCAGAUUACAUGUCGUGGUUCCUCUCCAUCACUCGUCGAUGGAUGACACCACGAGGUAUCAUGGCGGCAGCCCAGUACACUCCCGCAGCACCGACGAUGACACACUUUGCACAGGGCAUUGAAUCAGUCAUCAACUCCUCCCAAGAGGAGCCCGUACGGGAGAUUGCCCAAGGCAUACUCCGAGGAACGCAGUUUCAACACUUCAUUCCGGAAGUGACUGCGCCCCACACCACUAUGUACGAGUAUGGGUCAUCUCCUCAUCAUGCCGACGUUCAUCUUGAGGAGGUUGACUUAACGUGCCCGGACUACGAUGCCGGGUCCUCACAGGGUGCCACAUCAUCACAGUAUCAAUCACCUCCCCUACCCGAGCGUCAUGCGACGGCCUCUUACUAUCGUAGGAGGCGUUGUAAAUCAUCACAGUUAGACAGGGUACAGGAGGAGGAUUAGCAUUAGAAUACUGUUUGUAUAUAUUGAUCAUUAGUGACAAUUUGUA